AUGCAAUUCUGCUCGCUCUUCGAGCUUCCCUCCGACGUGCUGCUGCACUCGCUCUCCUUCCUCCCGCUGCCGGACCUCGCCGCGCUGCGCUGCACCUCGCAGCGCGGGCGGCGGCUGGCGCUGAGGGCCGCUGCUAGUCCGAUGUGGCGGGCGCGGCGCGGACAUGCCUCCGCCCUCCGACUCGAGAUGUGGCGGCGCGGCGCUUGCGACAAGCGCGCACUUGAGGGAGGCGCGUACGGUCGCGCGCAUCGCCACGGUACGCUCGCCCGCUGCUGUGCCCUCACUGCCGCAGCGGCCGACACGACGGCGGGCCCGCUGCUGGCGUCGGCCGACGACUCGGGCGCGGUGGUCGUGUGGGAGACACAGCGCAGGCUCGCGGGCGUCGCCACAUUGCGCCACGGCCGGCCGGUGCGCUGCCUCGCGCUGGACGGACGCGAGACUCUCGCGAGCGGCUGUGCGGACGGGAGCCUGUGGCUGUGGGCGAUUCCUCCGGCAGGGGGGCGACGCACGGCGAGCGCGGCGCAGAAGAACUCUGGUGUCUUCACACUGCAGGAGAGCGACGCCGGGCGGACGCGUCGCCGGCCCCAUCCGACGCAGCUCACUGCGGGAUCGGGCAGCUGGGUCGGCGCCGUCGGCUGGGUUGGCCGCUGCCGCCUCCUCAGCGCGGGAGCCGACAGGGAGCUGCGGCUGUGGGACACGCUCGUCGCGCGCCUCGCGGGCCACCUCGGCGCCGUGACGGCUCUCGCCUCGGUCGGGCCCGAGGGCGUCGCCUCCGCCGACGCGGCGGGCAGCGUGAGGAGCUGGAGCAUCGCGCGCGCGUAUGAGCGGGCUGUGCCGGCGGAGUUCGGAGAGGAGUGA